AUGUCAACUGUAAGGAUAACAGAUGAUGAAUCGCUUUCUGGAGAGGCAAAAAUGUCUGAAAUAAGCAGCUUAAGCUCAUUUACGAGACAAUCGAAUCCUGUGACAAAUACGACACAAACUAGUACACAAGUUACUUCAUUGGAACCUGCAAGUAAUGAAGUACAUGAAUUUGAUGUUGAUUUACUCUACAGUUGGGAGCAAUCUUCUGGCACAUUAUCCUAUGAAGCCUGGUCUCCUAGCCUAGUUGAUACAUUUGACAAUGCUAAAAUGCUACCAAACUGUAAAGAUACUAUCUGUCGUGCAAAAUUAAAUCAACGUCUUUUGCGUGACUCAAUGCCACCUCAAAAAUUAUUGUCAGCUAAAUCAUUGAUAAUACUAAAUGAAGAAAUGCGACGAAAGCGCAUGCGUGGACAUUUAUUGAAACGAAUUGUUGUACCAUGCAAAACAAAUGAAAAUAUGGAACGUUAUGAAUUAAUUUCAAAGAUAUGUGAUGAUGCUAUCAGUGAAUAUAUGACAUCAAAUAAUCACCAAAAUAAGCUACUAAAAAUAAAUUUGGAAUGUGGUGGUGAUAUGCCACCUAGAAUUAAAGUUAAUGGUAUUCGUGUGGAACAACCAAUAAAUUAUGAUCAGGACUAUUAUGAUACUAGCCAAUCGGUAAAAGUUUGCAACGCAAAUCAUUCAUUUCGACAUCGUUCAACAUGUUCUCCAGCACUACCAUAUCCAUCGGCUAAUACAUUUAGUAGAUGUUCAAUUGAAGAUUAUGUCAAAAAGUUGAAAGGACGUCGACAGAUGCAAGAAAAACAAUAA